AUGCACCAUUUUGCUGCUUUGGCAGGGCUCAUGCUCUUGGGUGCUUCUGUCAACGCCCAUUCCAAUAGAACCUUUGAAGGAAUGGAAAUUGUCGAUGCUGAGUGGAAUCUUGAGCUCAAGCCCGGUGGUCAAGUUGUGAACCUUACGGGCACUGUUGAACAAAUUUACCCUCAACUUCUUGCGCUCAACCCCAACUAUGAGGCAGACUGGGGUCUAAAUAGCGAGCCCAAUGUAGGGUAUGGCAACUUUAUUGCUGAAGGAGAGGAUGAGGGACACACAAGACUGGCUACUCGGGCUAAUGUUCCUCACAUUCAUCAUAAGAUUCCAGAUGACCCCGACGAAGGUAAAAGAUGGGCGGUUGCGUGGCUUAAGGGGUUAGAAACACUGCGACAGCAGCGGCAAUCGGUCCAGCCAGCGAAGCACGUUGCUCAGUGGAUUGAGGAUGGAAUUAAAGCAUCCAAAUCCCGCAUUUGUCGCCACCGCUGGCGUAUUAGUAACGGGGUCUACGCUAAAUGUCGCACUAGGACUCCGGCUCAGUGCGCUGACAUCAAGAAGGGAGCCGAUCACUUGUACAAUGUCCAAGGGAUACCACAGCUUGCAGCUGGGAAAUGCAGCCAAAUGACCUGUUCGAAUAAAUCCGCCAUCAUCUGGUGCAAUACGUCUGGAAAGACCUAUACUCAUGACAAACAUGGCUAUAGGAAACUUGGUGUCAGCGCCUGGCUGAUCUAUGAGCAGUGCCAAGAAAAGGAACCGAGGCACUACAGGAAUAUGGGGAGACGGUGCUAUGUCCGUGGGAAAUAUUUUUCUUGGCCCAAGAAGGGCCAGUGGUUUGUCCAGGUUCUUGGCGUGGAUUCUUGCUCAGGGAGCUAG